ACAAUCGAACGUUACAUUAUUCACCAAAUGAGUCGCUAACUAACGUUAGUAGCCUAAUCCAGUUAGGGAAACGUUAUUACGUAUUCAGUUUCACAACUUUUUUCAGUUCAACAAGACAACGGGUUUAACAGGUGUCUGUGUUCAAAACAGAUGAAAAAUGACAGCCAAUCCGUUUCCCUCAAGCACAAAGUGGGUGACUCCAUCUGCUUACACCCAGGAGAUGUUGCAGUCUACAGAGGAGCGCCUGGCUAACACCAAUGACAUGCAGCAGCCUCACAUCGUGGAACUGCUUGACAUGAGCGAGACUACGCAUCAAAAAUUGUCCUUAGUGGAUAUAGAUCAGCCGCUCUUCCGGCUCUACCCGUCUGAGCUGGUCUUCCAGAACUUCACUCCUGCACAGACCUACAAGUUACGUCUGGUUCUCCGCAACAUAGAUACGGUCUCACGACGCGUCAUCCCGGAGCUGCAGGAGUCUGAGUAUUUCCAAGUGGUUGGACCACCGGAUGCAGGGAGGAGGGUUGCACCUGGACUGUCUGCUACCUUCACUGUCUUCUUCACCCCACAGGAGAACAAGGACUAUCACCAUAGGCUGGUGUUUGUGACAGAGAGGGAGCGGUUUGAGGUCCCAGUCCGUGCCAUUGGGCCACGUGCCAUUCUCGACUUCUGCGACGAGCUCCACUUCCCCGUCUGUCCUUUGAAAUCCUCCACGGAGAAGACUCAGCAUGUCCGCAACAUAGGAAAUGCCAUGGCCAAGUUCAAGCUGGACACGCAGAGCCCGUUCUCGGUGACGCCAUCCAGUGGGACUGUUGAUGUGGGCGGGAGCGUGCAGGUGACUGUGGAAUUCCACCCUCUUACAGUAGGAGUCCACAGCCAGUCGCUGGUCCUGCACUACCACACCGGUGAAGAUGUGCACAUAAGCUUGCAAGCUGUUUGCGAAGAACUGGACAUCCGCCUUGAGGCAGACUCUGUCCUUUUGAGAAAGACCUACAUGUCCUUGGCCAGCCAUCGCACAGUCUCCCUCACCUACAGGAGUGAUGUCCGUCUGAAGUACUGCUGGACCACAUGGCCCAGCCUGCAAGAGGAGGCCCUGAGCUUAUUGAGGGAGAGCUCGGGGCUGCCACAGGAGAAGGAGAUUGAGAGGGAGCGGCUGCUCGCUCAGUGUGAGGCAGAUCCCACAGUUAUACAUCGCCUUCCGCUGCUGUCCAGAGCCCUGCGGGAGCGCAGAAGCCAGACAGUCAGGGACCAGCGGCUGGUCCUCUCACACAGCUGUAUUACCGUGGAGCCAGCGGAGGGGGAGAUAUGCCCCCGGACUCCAGCCCAGUUUGACAUUGUCUUCAAGCCUGAGGAAGCCAAACUGUACCAACAAACCAUAUAUUGUGAUAUUACAGGCCGUGAAGCUCGGUUGCCUCUCACAAUAAUGGCCGAGGGCAUUGGACCCAAUGUCCAGUUCAACUACGACCUGAUGGACAUGCAGAACGUAGUCAUUGGAGACAAAGACUAUUAUGAAUUGCAGGUUCGCAACAGAGGACUGAUUGAUGCUCCUUUCAGGCUGUCGAGCCGUGACACCACAUUUGGCCGCUGUUUCUCCUUCUGUCCCGAGGAAGGCGUCAUUCCCUCCGGGGCCUGCCAGAAGGUGGACGUCAUCUUCUGCGGUCACACUUUGGGAACUUUCACCGAGGACUUGCUGCUAACUGUAACCGGAGGGCCGCAACCACUCACAGUGACUUUCAGUGGCUGUGUCAUUGCUCCCACAUGCCACUUCAAUUUGACAGAACUCAACUUUGAAGAUGUAGGCUUUGGUUUCCCACUGACAUUGAUGUGCAAGCUUUUCAACACCUCCUUCGUGCCAAUAACCUUUGCCCUGCGUGUCCUGGGAGACGGGUCGGGGUCUCCCAGUAUAACUAGUGCCAGACAAGUGUCCUUGAAGGAUUGGGGAGGCAGUGCUGCCGGAGACCUUCAUGCCAGCCCUGUGGAGUUCACCGUCACACCUGCUGCAGGCUGCGUUGACGCCAUGUCAGAUGUCACCAUUAAGGUGACGCUGUGCUCCAACACAGUCAAGACGUAUAGGAUGGCGCUGGUGGUGGAUGUUGAAGGUGUCGGAAAGGAGAUUGUGACUCUGCCUAUCAAAGCAAGGUGUGUUGUUCCUAAUAUUGAGGUGAAGACCCCGGUGUUGAACUUUCAGAGAUGUUUUCUCAAUCACCGCUACGAACAGAAGGUGCAGCUGACUAACACCGGUCCUCUACCUGCCUGCUAUGGAGUGCUUGACCAGGAAUACGAGGAGAGUCCAUCACUGCUCUUUGGCAGUUCCACUCCCACCGGAAUGAUUCGCCCUCACAGUUCAGAGGAGCUUCCUGUGUUUCUGCUGGCCAAGGCCGUUGGAAGGCAGCAGCACACUCUACGCAUCGCUGUGUUUGGCAGCUUCCAGCCCCAGGAGGUGGUCUUGUCAUGUAUUGGACAGGGACCAAUAGUUCAUGUUCACAGCCAACAGCUGGACUUUGGCGCAAUCCCGGUUCUAACGGACAUCACCAGAUCCCUGCACCUGUCAAACCAGUCUCCUAUUUCAGCUCACUUCACUGCUCGCAUGGUUCCUCGGAGCCACGGCGGGACGUUUGGCCGGGUCGAGCCCAGCGAGGGGGAAGUGCCACCCGAGAGCCAGCUGGAGCUGAGAGUAGUGGCUCACCUGAAGGACACGCUUCACUUCCAGGCCAAGAUGGAAGUAUCUAUUCAGAACAGCCACGUGCACACUGUCUUUCUGUCCGCUACCGGCACAGGCACCACAAUUGUCAGUGACAGACCUUUCGCUCCCAACCUUGAUCUAGGCACAUAUUUAAGCCAUGCAUCAUGCCAGUACCCCUUCAAGCUGACAAACCAGGGUAAGCGAACGCACCGGUUGUACUGGAGGACUGACGGCUUUCUGUUCUCCGGAAAAACUCCAAAAGGUGGCCGGACCGUCCUGCCCUCCCUCCGUGCUCCCAGCCAGAAGGAGGGCUUUAUCGGUGAGUCUUUGCCCUCCUCCGGCGAAGAGAGGCCGGUGUUCAGCCUCAGGCCUUCCCACGUGGAGCUCCCUCCCGGUAGGUCGGUCGACAUGGUGCUAACGGGAUCUUCAGACUCCCCCAAGGUUGUUCAGGAGCGCCUGCUGUGCCACGGCAUUGUAGGUCGACAGGGCUGUAAAGAGCUCAUCAUGUGCGUGGAUCUCACCUGUCGCUUUGUGGCUCCCAUGCUACGCAUUUCCUCCAGGCAGCUGAAAUUCCACCUGGAGAAGGUCCCAGGAGAGAGUCUAAGGCCGCUAUACGAGAAGCUCGUCUUGGAGAAUGUGUUGUCUUUGUCUCUUUCCGUUGAGCUCUCCCUGGUUGAGCCCUUCUAUCUGUGUGAGGCCGCGGGAGCCCAUAGCACGGCUACCACUAAGUUCGUGGUUAUAGGUGACGGGCAGCAGGCUGAGUUGUGGGUGCGCUUCGAUCCAACUUACUGUCAGGAUCAGGUGUCACGAGUCGUGGAAGAGGUCCUUGAGAUACACUACCAGGGACACCCAGAGCAACACAAGGUGGAGCUGUACGCUGAGGUCCACUUCCCCAACCUCCACUUCUCUGACACCACGGUGGACUUUGGCUGCGUGCUCAACCUUACGGGGGCCCGCAGGGAGAUCUCCAUCACCAACUGCUCGCCGCUGCCCGUGUCCUACCACUGGGUCUUCUUGGCUGACCGGAAACACGGGGCCAUCAGAGAGGCAGAGGUAGUGGAGGUAGAGGGGGAGCAGACUAAUCCAGAAAAUGGGACCGAAGAAGAAGGAUGGAGUUCCUCUAGAAUGCCUUCUUUUGCCUUUUCGGAUCCACUCAGCCUCGGGCCUGGUGCAGAUGAGGGGAGCAGCUCACGGGGCCCAGUCGGUGUCCAAGAGGUGUUUGAUAUCUUGCCGCUAUUCGGUCAUCUGCAACCCGGGGAGCAGCAGCAGGUCGUUUUCUGCUUCUACGGCCACGAAAAUGUGAGCAAAGAGGUGGUCGCACAGUGCCGUGUUGAAGACGGGCCAUCAUAUGAGGUCCAACUCCGAGGAGAGGCCUCUUUAAUCAGCUACAGCCUGGACUCAACACAUAUUAACUUUGGUCUGCAGCCGUUUGAUCACGAAGGGGAAGCUGAGGUGACCCUGACCAAUACUGGCAAGAUAGGCUUUAACUUUAUCAUACAUCCUAAAAAGAAGGAUGAGGACGCAGAAGAGGAGGCAGGGGGACAGAGGAAGGCCCUGGAGGAUGAGCAAAAAGGGGAAAGACAUGUCAUACCAGGCCGGCCCAUGGUCAUCCCCGCUACGGGUUACAUUGAUCCCGGUGCGGAGCGAUGUCUGCGUGUGCUCUACCUCCCAGGCACCCCCGAGAGGUUUGAGAGGCAGCUUCAGCUGCAGGUGGCUUUUCUACUGCCACAGGUCCUUACGCUGACUGGAGAGGGAGUGUUCCCAAGGAUCAGCCUUAACUUGCCACAAAACCUGCCAGAGGAGUCUUUCAGUGAUUUGGUGCUGCAGGCCAGGACCGCUGUGGAGGGAGUCGAGCUUAUGAAUGGAACGGCGUCCGAUGAAAGACAAACAACCAAGGCCAACCCCCCACUCACAUAUAAAGAGCUGCUUCACAUGGAGAUCGAGAGGAUGAUGGUGAAACAGAAUGCCCUCGCUGUGACCGACUGCCUGCUUGAGCUCAGAGAAUUGCAAGGUUCCUCCAGGAGGUGGCACAAACUUAGCCAGUUCCUGCUUCCAGAGUAUGUUUUGGAUUUCGGUUACGUCAUUCCAGCCAUUCCCCGCAGUCACAGUGUAAAAGUGACGAACACUGGUUCAGUGGCUGUGUCCUUCAAGGCCAAUGUCAAACCUCUAGCUGGAACAGGAUUCAGUACAGACUUUCAAAGCGUGAAAAACCUGCCUUGUGGAGAGACACAGACUUUUACGGUCAAAUUUGACCCACAGACAGCCGACCUGAAGAUGGGGGAUACGAGUGUUGUAAUGUCAAUACAGGUCGUAGGCGGCCCGACGGUCCAGGUGCGGCUGUGUGCUUUGGUGACGGAGCCGGCCGUCACUAUUUCAACGGAUACCCUGCAGUUUGACACUGUGCAGUGUGGCAUGUGUCAGAUGAGGACGAUACAGCUGUUUAAUCAGGAGUCUGUGCCGUGCACAUGGAGUAUAGCUGAGAAGGGAAAGCCUAUCAAAAAGCGUAAAAAGGACUUGGAGAUGCAGCAACCGCCUGCCGUGGUGUUCAAGAUGAUUCCCAGCUCUGGCAUGCUGUCUCCCGGUGAACGGGUCAAUGUCCAGAUAAAGUUCACCCCUGCUGAGGGGGGUUCUUACAACAGGCAGCUACAUGUCCGCGUGGCUGAGAGCAGCCAGCAGCUGUUCAUUACAGCCCGGGGGCGGGCGGAGGAGCCCCAUCUGGAGUUCUGCCCGUCGGUGCUGGAGCUCGGGCCAUGCCUUCCUCUCGCUACUGACGCCGAGGUCAACGUCAGCGUCAGAAACCCCUGCCCUUUCCCCGUUGAGUUCUACUCCCUGGAAUUAGACACACAGUAUCUCAAAGAAGAAAAGAUCCUGCGUUUGGUUAAGGGUUAUGACAAGAACCGCAUAUUACUGCUGCCCCCCAGAGCCCCUGGAGAAAGUCUUCCCCCGGAGCUGCUCGAGUACUACCAGGAGCAGCGCUCGCAGCUGAAAGACGAUGCAGGGCUGAAACAAGGCCUGGAUGAAGAAGGGGCUGAGAUGGGUGACACAUACAAGGAAGGAGAAAUGCAUUCUUUAAGUUUGAAAUCAGCUGAAUUACUUGUUUCGGAGAUGACGGUAGUGGGAAGCUCCGUGGGACUGGGGCAGCUUGAGAUGACCCCCGUCUCCAGAGCGAUAGCCCGCCACAUGCGUGUUGAUCUGUCGCCUGAGGGUCUGGCUACACGCAACCGCAGAGGCAUUGCUAUUAUCGUGUAUGGAGCACCACUGACAGAUAACGGCAGCUGCGUGGCAGCUCUGGCACGCCACUACGGAGCGGCACACCUGAGUGUUGAUGCCGUGGUUACCGAGGUGCUCGUCAAUGGAACUUCACCUAUCAGCCAGACUGCAAGACAACUCUACGAUUGUGCUGCCGCCGGUAAUGCUGGGAAGAAGCCCGAGGAGGCCGCUCAGUCCACAGAAUAUGAACCAGAAACAAAUCUAGAAGCAUCAGAACCAGCUCCACAUUCAGCUCCAGCUUCACGAGGUACUUUGGAAGUUCCUUCAAAACCCAUCGAGGAUGGCUUCAGUGGAAAUGACUCCAAGGCUCCUCGGGGGACCGAAAAUACACACUUUACCCUUUUUCUGGGAGGAGAUGUGGACGCACUCAGUAAUCUGUUGCCUGAACAGCUAUUGGUUGACAUCCUGGCAGAAAGAUUUCAGCUAAGCGACUGUCACCGCGGCAUCGUGAUUGACGGCCUGGAGUCCGUGUAUGCUCAGUCAGCAGCAAGCGCGCUGCAAAUUAUUCUCAAGGCCCUUGACAACCGCAAACGCAUCUUUGUAGUCAACUUCAGUGAUUCGUACGAGGCCCUGAAGGCACGAGAGGAAGCUCAGAGGGAAGCCGAGGAGGCUCUGGAGAAAGAGGAAGCUGAAAGGGAGGAGACGUGGUGGCAGGAACUGGAUGAUGAGAAGUAUGAUGCUCUGCCCGAGGAGAAGAAGAAGAAUAUUGAUCAGCGACUAAGAAAGAAGGAAAGACAGCAGAAACUCAGCUUGAGCACUUGAAAGAGCAGGAACAAAAGAGGCUCCAGGAGGAGAUGACACGGUUGAAGGAAGAAGAAUUGAAGAACAAAAAGGGAGGAAAAAAGGAUCCUAAAGAAGUGUCAACGGAGGAGAGCGCACUG